AUGUCGUCUCAAGGAUCAGACAUCGUUCUUUACACAACGCAGACGCCUAAUGGCAUCAAGAUCUCCAUCACCCUAGAAGAGCUCGGUCUACCCUACAAGGUCGAGAAAAUCGAUAUCAGCAAGAACACGCAGAAGGAGGACUGGUUCCUCGCCAUCAACCCCAAUGGCCGCAUUCCCGCUCUUACCGACAAGUUCACCGACGGUCAGACGAUCAACUUGUUCGAGUCUGGAAGCAUCAUGCAGUAUCUUGUCGAGCGCUACGAUACUGAGUACAAGAUCUCGUAUCCCAAGGGUAGCCGUGAGUGGUAUGAGAUGAACAACUGGCUGUUCUUCCAGAACGCUGGGUUGGGCCCCAUGCAGGGUCAAGCUAACCACUUCAACCGCUACGCCCCUGAGCAUAUCGAGUACGGAGUGAACCGAUACACGAAUGAGACGCGCCGCCUCUACUCGGUACUUGACAAGCAUCUGGCAUCUGACAAGCGACCGUACCUGACGGGCGAGAAAUGCACUAUCGCUGACAUCGCGCACUGGGGCUGGGUCGCAGCGGCAGGUUGGGCAGGUGUUGAGAUCGAAAACUACCCGAACCUCAAGGCGUGGGAAGAGCGGAUGGCUGAGCGAUCCGGCGUCGAGAAAGGACGCCACGUACCGGAUCCACACAAGAUCAAGGAACUGCUGAAAGACAAGGCCAAGAUGGAGCAGCACGCUGCGGAUGCUCGUAAGUGGGUACAAGCUGGCAUGAAGGCAGAUGCCGAAAAAUCUGGCAAGUAA